CGGCAGCCAACCCUUUGAGAACCACUUCCGAACCCACAGCCUACAGCCGUCGCCAUGGCACUCAAAGCCCUCCUCCUGGUCCUCGCCUUCUCCGCCACCUGCCUCGCCGCCGAAGACGCGCCAGCAGAAAACGCCGCCAGGAACCUAUAUCCCGAAAACCAGUCCAUCACCAUCGGCUACAGCGGUUUCAUGUCUGCCAUCAGCCUCGUCUUGGUCGCCGUGGCCAUCGCCGCCGUCGUGGCACUCUUGCUGGCUGGCACUUCCGAGGCCGCGGGAUACGAGGCGCCUAUUGAAUACGCCUCUGCCCCUGGACCAGCUGCCUACGAGAAAGUAUACAGCGUUCUCAACAGCCUGAAGGAAGCUGCCAGAAAAUACCAGUGAUUUAUUGGAUACAUUUUAACCGUUGUUGAUUUUUUGAUAAUGUAUUAUAUGUGUUGUCCUGUUAUGUGUGUAUAAUUUAAUUUAAAUUUUAUUUUUUUUUAUAUACGUUUAUCUUUGUAAAUAAUAAAUUAAAAAUGUUUUCA